CAAAUUCAAUCGUGCUAGAAUGGAAAUUUAUUUCGAAUUUGGUAACUCGAUGGAGCAGACUCGGCACCGGUUGGCUCGUCUUCCUCCUGGCCGUUCUCUUCUCCAAAACCUCCAUCCUCCCACCCCGCCGAUUUCCUGAACUCGGAUUUAUAUCCCGCCCCCUCGCGCUCGUCAAGCUGACAGGUGAUUCAUCGAUCCCUGGUCGAGGCUGCGCGGCUCCUUGGCAUAUCUUCUAGGGUUUAUACGUGCUACACAAAAUUUGCUAAGGCUUUUUAUCGACAUAGAAAUGAUGGGCCCUCAGAACCAGUCUACGUCAUUGCAACGCCUUAAUCAUGCCGAGAAGAGGAUUGUUCGUGUGCUUGAGCUCGCUGGAUUGGUGAUGGAUGAGCUUGCUAAUUCGACCGGCCCCAGGACUGAAGUGCUCGCUGGUCAUUGCCGAGAGUUCAUGAAAUCCAUUAAGGAGAUCCAAACGACAUUAAGAGAAGAAAUUAAGAGUGCCUGUGAGUAUCGUCCGUUUGAGAAUUGCGAUUAUGGUGCAAGAAUUUCCAACGAAAUUUGCUGCCAAAAACUGGAAUACAUUGUUGAGCAGUUGGAUGGCAUGAACAGAACUAUUAAUCAUUGCAAAGAUGGAACUUGAUAAGGUAAA